AAAGGCCGACGGCGCGCCGCCCCUCUGCGCUGUAGUGGCCUUGUUCUCCGCUUUUCAGUUUUGCUGGUUGACGACGUCGCCCUGCUCACUUCAGCCUGCGGCCCGCCAUCUCCUUGAGACCUAACACCAUGCCUUCAAUUAAGUUGCAGAGUUCUGAUGGAGAGAUAUUUGAAGUUGAUGUUGAAAUUGCAAAACAGUCUGUGACCAUCAAGACUAUGUUGGAAGAUUUGGGAAUGGAUGAUGAAGGAGAUGAUGAUCCAGUCCCCUUGCCGAAUGUUAAUGCAGCAAUAUUAAAAAAGGUCAUUCAGUGGUGCACCCACCACAAGGAUGAUCCUCCUCCUCCUGAGGAUGAUGAGAACAAAGAAAAACGAACAGAUGAUAUACCUGUUUGGGAUCAAGAAUUCCUGAAAGUUGACCAAGGGACACUCUUUGAGCUUAUAUUGGCAGCAAACUACUUAGACAUCAAAGGUUUGCUUGACGUUACCUGCAAGACUGUUGCUAAUAUGAUCAAGGGCAAAACUCCUGAGGAGAUUCGAAAGACAUUCAAUAUCAAAAAUGAUUUUACUGAAGAAGAGGAAGCCCAGGUACGCAAAGAGAACCAGUGGUGUGAGGAGAAGUGAAAUUUCAUGUCUAACGCUGUAACACUGUAAGGAUUACUCCAAAUACUAGUUGCACUGCUUUGUUUAUAAUUGUUAAUAUUAGAAAAACAGUCAACAAAUGCAGCAGCAAGUCAAUUGUAUUAGCAGAAUGUUGUCCUCAUUGCAUGUGUAGUUUCAGUACAGUUCCCAAACUUAAGGCCCAGUUUCUUCUAGUAUGAUUGAAAGUUUCUUUUCUUUGCUCUGAAUAAAAUUGAACUGUGGGUUCCCUAUAGAAAGUGGCAUUUUGGGCUUUCCCUUUUUGUAAAGCAAUUUCUGCCUAGUUUAUUGUCCAGUUAAUUUUAGUUCAGUGACUUUUAAAGUUGGUGUUGUAAAUAAAGCAACUUGCAAAAAACCUUCUGAAAUAGAAUUUAACAAUGUAUUAUCUUUAUUCAAUUGGAAACUGGAUAAAGGCUACUUGAGGUAAAUGCUUUGAGUGGGGUUAUCAGAGUGUCUUUAAUCUUCCUGGAGGAGUAAGUACCCCUGGUAUUCACUAGCCUGUAUGUAGCAGGGCUUCCUUAAUUGGAUCUGAGGGCUUAUUUUUGCAUUUUUAAUCCUCUCAGCUUUGAAGGCUCAGUUACUACUCAGUUUGUGGUUUGGGAGGAGAUAUAAUAAUUAGUUUGCUAGCUUUUCAGUUAAAAAAGAUAGCCUAUGUGGUGUGUCAUCUUUUUAUAAUCAGUGAUCCCAUGUGGGGAAAACUAUUCAUACUACUUGCAUGUAGAAAAUAAUUUAACCUUUAAUGGUAAAAUGUGUGGCAUAACCCAGAAAGCAUCCGUCAUGAAUGCAAGAUACUUUCAAUAAAGUUACCUAGUA